AUGUCAAACUCAAGGAGCAACAAUAAUCAAGAGGUGAUAGCAGAUAUGCUUGAGUUAAACAAUACGAAUAGUAAUACCCUAUCUACAGUUGCUAGCGUCAAUUCCACCACACCCGCUCCACCAGAACGCUCAAUGUCUCAUUUAACGUCAAAUACACCAUCUCCCCGAUUAUAUCAUCGUUCUGUUGAAGAUAGUUUGGAACCACAAGAAAGCAAGAGGAAGAAAUUGAACUAUCCAGCUUUAUCUGAAACACAUCAUAUAGACUCGUCAGAAGAAAUCAAAGUAUUGAAUAGACUUGCAUUGUCAACUAUCGAUGCUGUGUUGAAUGAUUUGCCAUUAGAACAUUCAAUUGCAUAUCUUUCUAAUCAAUUUAUGAAGUUAUGUAAAUCCAAACAUCUUCAACAAAAUCAUUUGGUAAAUCAAAUUAAUGAUAAACUACAGGAGGAUUUUUCUACCAGAGUCAAACCUCAAAUAGAAGAGUUUUUGGAAACCAUCCAGGAUCCUCUUGAAUUUUGUGAGAAAUUCUUGGAUUUAUUUGAUAAUUGGUACCGACGUGUGGUGACAUUAAAUAAGGUGUUUAUAUAUUUGGAUACAAAUUACUUGGCUGUUCACAGCACCAGAAUUCCACUUCUACAAUCUGCCAUUAAAAUGUUCAGUGAUUAUACAAUUGGAGAAGAUGCAAACAUCUCCACCCAUUUAAAGGAACAAUUUAAUGAUUUAUUACUGAAAUGGAGAGAAUCCAUUAUACUCAAAGAGGAUGGUAUGAACAUCGAUGAUCAUUUGUAUAACAUGGGUGUUAAAUUUACCAAGUUGAUGUAUCAAUGCCAUACUUCGUUUGUUAAGGAGUUUGAACUUGAAGUAAUUGAAUCAGUCGUUAAUCAUUAUAGAACUUUACGCCAAACCUGGUUAGUUGGAAACAAGACAUCAAUUAACUAUAUUCAACAGGUGUUUAAAGCAAUGAAUGAAAAUAUAAGAUUUUUCAGUGUCUCAGUUGAUAGGGAUUACUUUAUUAAGAUUUUAUUUACCAAGCUUCGUUGGGUAUUGAUUUUCGAGAAUUUUAAUGACUUGAUAUCCAAGACAAUCGAUUAUUUGAUUAGUAACCCUAAAAGUUUGCUGAUUAUAUAUGGAUAUUGUCAACAUACAGAAGAAGAUUAUGGUUUGAAUGCAAUGAACACAUUUGCCUAUCAAUGGGAAAUAUAUACCAAAUCAAGUUUCCAAGAUAUAAUUGGUAAUCAUCUCAAAAAGAAAACAACAGGAUACACUGUCAUCCAUGAUUUGGUAAGCAAGUUUAAGUUUUUUGAAAACAUAGUUGAACAGAAUUUCAUGAAUGAUCAAAUUGGGUUUAAGCUACGUAGUUCAUUGACGAAAUCGGUUAAUUUCCUGUCUAACUAUAAAUCAUUUAUAAUAUACCAAUUGGCAAAAUAUUGUGAUAGUUACUUUCGUCAGAAAUUAAACACCUCAUAUGAAGGUUUUGAAGAAAGCUUCUUAAUUGUGUUAAAAGCAAUUGGAGAGAAACUGGAUCUUGUGGAUAUCUAUAAAAGAGAUGUUUCCAAGAGAAUGUUGUUUAGUUCAAGAUUCAAUGAAGGCGAUGAAUUUAAAUUAGUGACCAAAUUGAUUGAAUAUCUUGGACCUACUGAUGAAUCACAUAGUUUAACUGUUAUGUUCAAUGAUUUUCUCAAAUCUUCCUCGAAGUAUUCCAAUCUUGUUGAUAUUCCUAAAACAAAUGGACUUUUAUCAGAUUCAUUUAAAUUUGAGCCAUUAAUAUUGACGAAGAAAGAAUGGCCCGAUAUCCCUAAUAAUGAGGAUUUGAGUGAAUUCAAAUUGCAUCAUAUAUUACAGGCACUCCUCGAUAACUUGACGACGAAAUAUCAUGGUAUAGAUUCUAAUUUCAGUGUGAGACAAUUGGAUUGGUCAAAUUAUAAAUUACACCAGGUUACAAUUUCUGCCACUUUUAAGCAGGGCGUGAAGGAAAUAACUGGGAAUUUGUUGCAAAUACUGGUUAUUUUGCUUUUUGAUGAAGACAACAAUGGUUAUACUAUUGAUCAAAUUGAAGAAUUGACGGGUCUCAAUUUGGGUUUUCUUUUAAAACUUCUCAAUUCAAUCACUACGGAGAAAUAUAAAAUCUUAUUAUUAAAAGAUGGCAAGUAUUAUUUUAAUGACAAUUUCAUUGACAAGUCAAAGAGUAUCAAGUUACCGAUGAUUAGAGAAACAACUUCUAAAGGCGAACAACAACAACAACAACAAAGAAACCAAGAAGAAUAUCAAGAGCAGCAACAAUUAGCAGCUACUAUACAAGCUAAUAGAGACGAAGAAUUCAAGAGUUGUAUUGUAAAGUUAAUGAAACAAGAGAAACAAUUGGAUAUACACGAUUUGUUGAAUCGAUCGAUCACCUUUUUACAAAAGAAACAAUCUGUUGAUUUUUCUAGAUUAAAAGUAAUCAUCGAGAAACUCAUUGAAACGGAAUAUCUUAAACGUGAUGAUAAUGACAAAAAUGUACUUGUUUAUAUUCCAUAA